AUGGAUAGGGCUAAGCAAUUGCAGGAUCCAGGGGAAGCCGAUCGUUCCGUACGAGCCAACGACACGUCAGCGCAUGGUCAUGGGACGCUAGACCAUGUACGCCUACCACAAAUCACGCUGCAGGUGUUCAACGGGGACAUAGAUGAAUGGAUCAGCUUCCGUGAUCUGUUCACUUCACUCAUCCAUCGCAAGAUGGACCUGCCGGAGGUGGAAAAGUUCCACUAUUUGAAGGGAUGCCUGCAAGGAGAACCGAAGAGCCUGAUCGACUCGUUAAAAAUCACGAAGGCCAACUAUCAGAUAGCGUGGGACUUGCUGCUAAAACGGUACGAUAACAGCAAGCUUUUGAAGAAGCGACAGGUGCAAGCUUUGUUGAAUUUGCCAACGCUGUCCAAGGAAUCGGUAGCGGAUCUGCACACUCUGAUCGACGGUUUCGAAAAGGUCGUUCAGAAUCUGGACCAGGUGGUCAAACCGGAAGAGUAUAAGGACCUUUUACUCGUUAACCUACUCACUACUCGACUAGAUCCGACAACACGCAGAUGUUGGGAAGAACAUGCCUCAGCCAAGGAUCAGGAUACGCUAGCAGAUCUCUCGGAUUUCUUGCAUCGUAGGAUCCGAAUUCUAGAAUCGCUUCCAGUAAAGGUAUUAGACUCCAGGACUUCGCUUCAUGCUCCACAAUCAUCGAGACAGAAGACGUCAGCUGUGAAGGCCAGCUACGGUUCUGUACAAUCGUCUGGGGGACGAUGUAUGGCGUGCAAGGAGAACCAUCCCCUAUACCAGUGUUCUGCAUUCUUAAGGAUGUCGGUGCGAGAAAGAGAUGCGGUGUCGUAA